GCAUUACGUUCCUCUCCGGUGGCCAGUCUGAAGAAGAAGCGACCCUGAACCUGAACGCCAUCAACAAGGUCCAGAUGAAGAAACCCUGGACUCUGACCUUCAGUUACGGGCGAGCUCUCCAAGCUUCCGUCUGGAAGACCUGGGCUGGCAAAGAUGCCAAUGUGAAGAAGGCGCAAGCAGAAUUGUUGAAAAGGGCCAAGGCUAACGGUCUGGCAUCUUUGGGAAGGUACGAUGGUUCACUGACAUCAGCUGCAGGGGCCAAGUUCAACUUUAGCGCGAACCACACUUAUUAAUGAUAGAGCAAUGUAAAAGGUCAAUUGUAAAUAAAAAUCAAUAUUUUUAACAACUUUGAUUUAUUUGUUAUAAAAUAAAGUCAACUUAUAGUAGUGUAGUGACAAAAAUUGUACCCACAGUGGCUUUAUGGAAGUGGAAUUAUCGUUAUAAUGCCAGCCUAACUUCAAGUUUUAACUCUUUGU